AUGGUAAUACAAUAAAGGAUUAACAUUGGGAUUUCAUAAUAAGUGGUAAAUAGUUUAAUCGUAUUAAAAGAUUAUCGAUUAUUAAUAGUAUAAGGUUUAAAUGAAGGAAUUUAGAUAUUUGGGAUAUAAAUACAUUAGAAUAAUAAGUAUGUUUUAAUAAAUCAUAAUGGCAAAUUAAAUCUAGUAUAAUUAUAUUAAGUUACCAAAGCAAAUAUACAGCAUUAAUAGAUUGAAAUCAAAAUAUAUUAGUAAUUCUAUUAUUUUUGAAGAGAAUGACAACCAAAACAAAUUUAUACCUACUAACAAAGUUGAUCAAAGAAUCAAUUAUAAAUUUGUUAUAUAAGAAGAAGAUAUAAAAUAGAAUUAUUUAGAAUUAAUAAUUAUUCAUGAAUGA